AUGGGUUUCCGCUUCCUCGAGCUCGUUCGACCUUUCAUGAGCAUCCUCCCAGAGGUCACUGCUCCCGAGAAGAAGGUCGUAUUCAACCAUAAAGUGUUAUGGACAGCUACCACCCUACUCAUCUUCUUGGUCUGCUCUCAAGUACCUCUGUACGGUAUCAUGUCAUCGGACAGUUCAGAUCCACUGUACUGGCUCAGAGCGAUCUUGGCUUCCAACAGAGGUACAUUGAUGGAAUUGGGUAUCACACCGAUCGUCACUUCCGGUAUGAUCAUGCAAUUGCUCGCUGGAGCUCAGUUGAUCGACGUCGAUUUCAGCUUGAAAGAUGAUAGAGCGUUGUUCGGAGCUGCUCAAAAAUUAUUCGCCAUGAUCAUCGCCCUCGGUCAAGCCACCGUCUACGUCCUCACCGGUCUCUACGGUUCCCCCUCUUCCCUCGGUCCCGGUGUCUGUCUCCUCUUGAUCCUCCAACUCGUCUCCUCGUCACUCAUUGUCAUCCUUCUCGAUGAACUCCUCACCAAGGGUUACGGUCUCGGAUCUGGUAUCUCCUUGUUCAUCGCUACCAACAUUUGCGAGUCGAUCAUCUGGAAGGCCUUCUCCCCUAACACCGUCAACACCGGGAGAGGACCAGAAUUUGAAGGUGCUAUCAUUGCUCUCUUCCACUUGCUUUUCACUUGGAACGACAAGACCAGAGCUCUUAAAGAAGCCUUUUACAGGGAAAGAUUACCAAACGUUAUGAACUUGUUGGCUACGGUGGUAGUCUUCGCUUUGGUCAUCUACCUACAAGGAUUCAGAAUCGAAAUCCCAAUCAAAUCUUCCAAGAUGAGAGGUCAAAGGGGUUCAUACCCCGUCAAGCUCUUCUACACCUCCAACAUGCCAAUCAUGUUGGAAUCCGCUUUGACUUCCAACGUGUUCUUGAUCAGUCAAAUGUUAUCGUCAAGAUUCCCCAACAACUUCUUGGUUAGAUUGUUAGGAGUUUGGGAGCCAAUGGAAGAAGUACCCUCUCAACUCUCCGCCGUCUCCGGUAUCGCCUACUACAUGUCCGCUCCUCACUCCUUGACCAAAGCGAUCCAAGAUCCAUUCCACACCGUCGUCUACAUCGCAUUCAUCGUCACCGCCUGUGCCAUCUUCUCCAAAACCUGGAUCGAAGUCUCAGGUUCGGGACCAAGAGACGUCGCCAAGCAACUCAAAGAUCAAAACAUGACUCUUGCCGGACACCGAGAAGCGUCAAUCUACAAGGAACUCAAGAGGGUCAUCCCCACCGCUGCUGCUUUUGGAGGUGCUACUCUCGGUUUACUCUCGGUCUUGGCUGAUAUGAUGGGCGCUCUCGGAAGUGGUACGGGUAUUUUGAUGGCCACCACCAUCAUCUACGGAUACUUCGAGUUAGGCGUUAAAGAGAACUCUGGUCUCGAUGCCGCUGGUUUGGGUGAUUUACUCUUCUAA